AUGAAGGGAAUUCAAGCAACCGUCGGCGGCAUGAUUGCUGCACUUGCCAGCCUCGCCCAGGCAAACUCCGACAUCGUCACCCUGUUCACCAACGGCAAUGCGUACAUCCAAGAGGCGAGCGCAACUCUCAUCCUUCCCGAGCUGCCCAGCGCCAUCUCCGGAGAUGUCGCCAUCUGGAGCGCCAUCAUGAUGCAGAACGAGGCUUCCUUCCUCCAGGGCGUUACCUCAAACUCUCCGAGCGGAUCUUACUGCGAAGAUGGAGGAAAGAACUGGUGCAACUUCGCGUACACCCUGGUCGGCUCAAACCCCACCGUUGGCACCCCCGUGAAGGCUUCCGCAGGAUCGACUGUUAGAACUCACUACAAACUGAACUCGUCGACCCAGCUCUGGGACCAGAACGUCUAUGUCGACGGCAAGCUUGUUUCCACCGUGAACACCAGCAAGGGACAGCACGGAAACAUCUUCUACAUCUCAAUCGAGUGCGCUAGCGGCGGCUGCGCGAAUCACCCUGCCCACACCUGGAAGGAUGUUUCUAUUGUGCUUAGCGAGGCCGACAAGAGCUUCGGACACAGUGGAAGCUGGGAGCACGGCGCCACCGGUGGUGCCAUGACCACUUCUGACGGCGGCAAGACCUGGAAUAUUGCUACCCUCAACAUCCCGGCCCAGAAGGCCGAGUAA